AUGUAUUGUCUUCAACAACAAGCUCGAUUUCUUUUUGAAAGCAACUCGACUGGUGACUGCUUGUCUCUCGAAUUGACAACUGACAGCACUCGUACUUUCUGCUUGUCCACAACACUCAUCCAAGAUUUAUCACUCUUCUCCAACCAUCCACUACCAUCGAACGAUUCCGAAUUUCCAUUACCUCUCUCAUUGAUUGCUUUAUAUAACAUUACUUUCAACUUUCCACAAAAUCUCCAAACGAUGAAAGCCACUUUUUAUAAUCCUCUUGGAAUUGCUAACACUUUCAACCCUGAUACUGUGAUUCACGUUUGGAAUCCUGUAAUGAAUUCAUGGUCUGAACAUUCUCAAAAUGGUAUUUUACAAAUUCAGCAAGUGACAACAACAUCAUUGAUUUUAGGAGUUUUUGCUCGUAAAUUCGAGACAGUAUUUGGAAAAUUUUAUCAAGCAACUUCCACUAGUACUAGAUUUCAAUACACUUUGGAAUUGUCGCAACGAAUUGAAGUGUCAUUUGUCAAGAAAGUGCCAACAAGCAAUGAAAUCAAGCCAACAAUUUUCAAAUUGGAACAUGUUCGAGAGAUUUCUCCAAAAGUUUAUCAUCCUCCAAGUGGUUAUGUGACUUUGCAUGCAUUUAAAUACAUCUCUGCUUCCGGUGUGAACGACGACAAUGACGAACAGCAACAACGAAUGAGCGCUCAAGAAAUGUCAAAAUUAUGGACCUUUUAUUUUGAUCGUAGACAAGGAUUUAAAGAUACUACGGGUAAGGCCAUGAAUGUGACACUUUCUUCAUUGACAUUGGUUUGUGUCAUAAAUUCACAGAAAAAUGUUGAUGUUAGACCUCUUGUCAAGAAUCCUCUUCACACUCAACUCGUCGAACAUCAAAACAAGAUCGUUUUUGAUUUUAAAGAAGAGAAUAAUGAACCACCACUUCAUUGUGAAUAUCAUGUACUCAUUGUGAAACCAAUCGUUUCUAACAAUGAAAAAUGGUAUGGAAGAAACAAGGAAAUAGAACUCUCUACAAGUCAUGCAUCAGAGAUUUCAUCGUUUGGUGGAAAGAAAUUGUACAAGAUCUCUGUGGAUGGAUGGGAUCAAGUGGAAUUUUCAAUGACCUCACAUUUAGGGUAUGGAAUUUUUAGAGCCUUUGUGGAUGGAAUACCUUCUGAUUUGAUGUAUGACGUUUAUGCUGAGAUUAAUUAUGAGACAACAAAAACUGUCACUGUUCGAAAUUACAAGCCACAAAAAAGCACCGUUUUUGUGUCAAUCACAAGUACCUCGAGCGCACUAUCUUUCACAAUCACAACCUCAAAAGCACCAACGUCUGAAGGAGUAGCUUUGAUCAAAUUCAUUAUUGGAGGAAUGUUAUUAUUUAUGUGGAUAUUCAUGUUGUUGCUUAAACUCACAAAAUAA